AUGUACGGAAAGAUAGCACUUGAAGAAGCUUGGGCCAUCCCAGAGAAUUUUAAGGCCUAUGAUGUAUCUACCCUCGCACCCAAGGGCGUUAUCGGCGGCGACCUAAUCGAAAAUCUCCUCGAUGUACACGGCACUCGGUUGCAGCAAAUGGACGAGAACGGCGUCGACAUGAUGGUUCUCUCGCUUUCCUCGCCGGGCCCACAGGGGCAGUCAGAUCCCAGCGAAGCCGCCAAGCUCGCCACCCUCGCUAACGACCGCCUGUCCGAGGAGGUCAUGAAGAACCCGACUCGCUUCGCAGGCCUGGCUUCGCUCAGCAUGCACGACCCGGUGCAGGCGGGUGCCGAGCUCCGCCGCUGCUUCGCGGAGAAGCAGGGCUUCGUCGGUGUCAUCCUGAAUGACUACCAGAGCGCCGGUGAUGACGGCAAUAGGAUGCUUUUCUACGACCAGCCUGAGUACGAUGCGUUCUGGAAGGUUGCCGAGGAGCUGGACUGCCCCGUCUAUAUCCACCCGAGGGCAUCGACGCCCCUGAUACACGAGGAGCUGUGGAAGGGCCGGCCGUGGCUUGAGUUCUCAGCCUGGGGCUACGCGACGAGGGUCGGCACACACGUGCUUGGAAUUGUUACAGGCGGCGUUCUGGACCGUUUUCCCAUGCUCAAGGUUGUUAUGGGCCAUAUGGGCGAGCACAUCCCCUACGAUCUAUACCGGAUAGACCACAAGCUGAAUAGGGCGCGUUUCCCCAACAUGCCAAUGGCCAAGGACAAACUCGUCCGCGACUACUUCGGCACUCAGUUGUUCAUUACCACCUCCGGGCACUUCUCGACGCCGGCUCUGCUAUGCGCCAUGCAAGAAAUCGGGUCGAGGUCCAUCAUGUUCUCUAUUGACUAUCCAUUCGAGUCUAUACCAAAUGGGUGUGUAUGGUACGACGACCACGUUCCAAUCAACGGCGGCGACCUUGUCGACAUUGGGCGCAACAAUGCUUUGCGUGUCUUUCCCAAGCUAGCUGGUGUCCACAAGGUGCAGCAGAAGGGAGAAAGGGCAUGCGGAGUCGGUGGGCUCGGCCUGAGAGGCAGCAAAGAAGUCGAAUAUGGCUUGUACAAUAAUGACUGGAGCAGGCGACUAGAAAGGAAUUGA